AUGGCCAGCAAACUGGUCACUAAAAAACGACCAGUGGUGAAAAAGUUAGUAGAGCUAGGCUACUCCUUGGACGGCGGUGGCGGCAGCCGAUUGACCAGUGGAAUCAGCGGCGUGGUAGCACUGAGACGCUCUCGCCGGACGCGUGUGGGUCGCCGACGUAGGUCGAAGAGGCGUAGUCGGUCGCGGUCCGGUCGCAGACGUGGAAGGAGACGUAGUGGUACCGACGAAGACGACAUGACCACAGACGCAGAGGAAAACGAAGAUGACGACGACGAAUCGUCAACGGUUGACGCGACAUCCCGGAGGAGGAGAAGGAGUAGAAGGGGCAGCCGACGGCGUCAGAUAAGUGGCGGCGACCAUGAUGACGAUGAUUACACUACCGACGAUGCAGAGACCACCGACGACACUUCGUCGAAUAGCGGCGGUGGCGUCCUCGCGAUGGCGGCCAGUGGCUGUCCAAGUCCUUGUCCUCGUCGCCGGAAGAGGAGAAGAAGGAGGCGGUCGACGGGAUGCAGGAGGAGGAGGAGGCGGUCGACUGGUUGCAAGAAGAGGAGGAAGAGGAGAAGAAGUAGCUGCUGUGUCUUUGCGCUUGGCGGGUCCACCGUCGGCGAAACGUCGAACGACUUGGCAGAGGUGAGUGGAACAGGCCACAUGCGGAUGACGCGGAGCACUCAUCCAGAUACCGUCGCCAGCACUAGUCGGGAUACCAGAAAAACACGAUCGGUGUCUCGUUUGGGCUCCGUCUAA